AUGUGGAGUCAAGUGGAUGCGAAAGUUCUGCUGCGCCGGCCGAAAAUCCCGAAUGGUGGCUUCAGCAUGGCACCUCAGGUGUGCGCUCCAGCGACCGCGGAGCUUCCAUGCCAGAAGUCCGGAGUGCUAUGCAAACAUGACCACGGCUGGAGAAAAGUCGUGCGCAACUUCACCCCGUCAUGGUUCUCAGUAACCAUGGGCACGGGGAUCGUGUCGAUCCUGCUACACAAUCUGCCCUACAAUGGGAACUGGCUCUAUUGGGCAUCAGUGGCGAUCUUCGCCCUGAACGUGGUCUUCUUCAUAACUGCAUGUAUCCUUUCAAUCUUGCGAUAUACCCUCUAUCCAGAGGUAUUCCGGGAUAUGAUCCAGCACCCGGUGCAGUCCAUGUUCAUCGGGACAUUUCCAAUGGGUCUGGCUACCAUCGUGAACAUGUUCUGUCUCGUGUGCGUCCCAGCGUGGGAUAAAUGGGCAGCGUAUUUUGCGUGGGGAUUGUGGAUUUUCGAUGCCGUCGUGUCAGUGCUGACGGCGCUGUCUCUGCCGUUUACACUAAUGGCCAGUGGCGCGGAGAUGCACCUGUCGUCCAUGACUGCCGUCUGGCUGCUCCCUAUUGUCACCUGUACGGUGGCCGCGGCGUCGGGUGCCAUGGUGGCGGAGAUCCUGCCUGAUCCCCAACAUGCCCUGUGGACAGUGAUCGCCAGUUAUGUUCUGUGGGGUAUAGGGCUGCCCCUUGCGUUGAUGGUUCUGGUGAUUUACCUUCAGCGUCUGGUGCUCCACAAAUUGCCGCCCAAGACAGUCAUUGUGACUGUCUUUCUGCCGCUGGGUCCAUUGGGGACCGGUGGAUUUGGGGCGAUGAAACUCGGACAAUGUGCUCAGAAUAUCUUUCCCCAAACUCAUACCCUCCAGGCAGAAUCCGGUCCCACGCUAUACACUCUGGGCUUCUUGGUGGCACUGCUGCUGUGGGCAUUUGGGUUGGUUUGGCUCUUCUUUGCCAUCGCCUCGAUCGCUCACAACAAGAAAUUCCCCUUCAAUAUUGGCUGGUGGGGGUUUACCUUCCCUCUGGGCGUCUUUGCCCUCAGUACUUGCCAGAUGGGCAGUGAACUUCCCUCGAAAUUCUUCAAUAUUCUCGGCACGAUCCUCUCCCUCUUUGUGGUGAUUUUGUGGGUCAUGGUCAGUCUCGGGACUUUAAAAGGGAUUUUGUCUGGCAAGCUGUUUUUUGCCCCGUGUUUGGCGGAUAUGGGAAUAGAUGACGACAAAGAUGUCGUGAAAUCCGCAUAA